UACAUGCGUGUGUUACAGGAAGUAUAUGAUACAAAUGCAUUUAUGGUUGUCUUGUUAGUUUUAAAAAUUUGAGUUCCUCAAAAACUUUGCGCACCAGUAUAGCCAUCACGACUGCUUAAGAGCAUAGUAAUGACAAACAGGAAGCGCUGAUCAAAAGUGGUCUGCAUUGGAAUAUAACAAGGUUUACACACAAUAAUGAAGUUUCUCUAUGUUUUGGGGCUCUUCAUUUGUCUGUCAGCAGAACUUGGGAUUUCAGCUACAGAUAAAGUUGAUCUACAUGGAUACAGUGGAAAAGGCGUCACGAUUACAUGUUCCCACAGCUGGGCUGCAACCAAUAUAAAGUAUUUCUGCAGACAUCCAUGUAAAGACGAAGAUGUUUUAGUGAAGUCCGACCAGUCACCUGAAGGGAGAUACACACUGAAGGAUCAUGGAGAUGGCACCUUCACUGUGAACAUCACUGAUCUACAGGAGACAGACUCUGGUGUUUACUGGUGUGGAGUGAAGAGAUUUGGCUCCGACACAUUUAAGAAAGUCAAUCUGAUAGUAUCUAAAGCCUCAGACACAAACAGAUCCACGCCAACUCCUAAACCAGCAGUAAGUUCUCAAUCCUUCACAACAAAUGGUUCCUUCUCCACAUCUUCAGCAUCUGGUGGCAUCACAACCCCAACUUCAACAGGAUUUAAAGUCCCUGUUGUUUCAUCCAAACCAGCACUUCGUGAUAGCAGUGCACAAGCUUCUCUCUCAGGUCCUCUGAUGACCGCAGCCAUCAGUCUGACUGUGAUGACGAUUAUACUCGGAGCGGUUCUCUGUUUAUGGAAUAAGCAAAAGAAAAACUUACGAAGUUCCAACGUUGAUGCUGAAAAUCAAGGCACCACAAAUCCCACAGAGAUUGUUGGUGAAUAUGAUGAAAUCCCACAGACCCAGCAGUGCACUGAAACACACCCAAGCAUUACCAUUUAUUCUACUGUCAAUAAAAGUAAAGCAUCCAAUCAGAUCCAAGAACCUCCACUAUACUCCACCCUCCUCAUGACUUCAAAGUGCCAAACCGGCUGGACAGUCGACAGGAUACCGAUGAAGAUGAAGACCCUGCAUAUGCUGUGGAACUGGAUCUUUCUGUCAGGAUUUAGGAUUUCAGCUACAGAUCAAGCUGAUCUACAUGGAUACAGUGGAAAAGGCAUCACGAUUACAUGUUCCCACAGCUGGGCUUCAACCAAUAUAAAGUAUUUCUGCAGAGAUCCAUGUAAAGAUGAAGAUGUUUUAGUGAAGUCCGACCAGUCACCUAAAGGGAGAUACACACUGAAGGAUCAUGGAGAUGGCACCUUCACUGUGAACAUUAUUGAUCUACAGGAGACAGACUCUGGUGUUUACUGGUGUGGAGUGGAGAGAGCUGGCUGCGAUACAUUUAAUAAAAUCAAUCUGAUAGUAUCUAAAGAUCCAAACGAAAGCAUCAGUACAUCCACACAACCAUAUAAAGACAUACAAACAGAUUCACAGACAACUACACCGGGAUCUCCAUCUACUGAUGACGUCACACUCUCUCCCACAGCGACAGCACUGAACAGUAUCAAACAGGAGAAGUACACAUAG